UCCUUCACUCUCACUCAAACUCCCUUUUAUCUCUUGCUUUCCUAUCUCUCUUUCCCUUUCUCUAUCUUGUGUUUUAGAAAUACUAAUACUUCCCGAUGGCUUUGGAGGCUCUGAAAGCGGCGGCCACGGUGGCGCCGAAGAUGCCGCCGCCGCUUGGGGAGGUUGAUGUUCACAGUUUUAAGAAGCGGCGGUCUAAGCGCCCCCGCACUGAGAGCCCGCAGCCGGAAAGUGAGGAGGAGUAUUUGGCGGUUUGUUUGGUUAUGCUUGCUAGAGGGGAGGAGCCGCGGCGGCGGAGGAUUCUCGCCGGCGAGGAAGCGGAGAAGACGGAAAAGACGGAAGAGAAGAAAAGUGAGGAUUCUCCGCCGCCGCCGCGGUCGCCGCCGAAGGCGGUGUUGGAAACCGUUCAGGAAUACAAGUGCAGCGUGUGUGACAAAGCGUUUGCAUCUUAUCAAGCACUUGGUGGGCAUAAAGCCAGCCACCGAAAAUACGCCGCCGCCGCCGAGGACGACAACAACCACCCCUCCACGUCAGCCUCCGUCACAGCGGCGGGUGCUCUGAACCCUAGCGGCAAGCCGCACGAGUGCUCCAUCUGCCACAAAUCCUUCCCGACCGGCCAGGCUCUCGGCGGCCAUAAACGCCGCCACUACGAAGGCAAACUCGGCGGCGGCGGAAGCCGCAGCGGCACAUCCUCCGAUAGCGUCGUUAUCUCGAUCCGUACACCCCUGGAAUUCGACCUCAACGAACUCCCUCCCUCGCCGGAGCUCGACCUUCGCCUGAGCAUCGACUGCGGCUCCGGCCAGCCAAAUCAACCGUCCACCGGCGAUCAUGAAGUAGAAAGUCCGAUGCCGGCGAAGAAACCGCGCUUAUCCUUCCCAGAAACCGCCUAAUUCAAUCGUAUUAUAGUUCCAAAUUAUAUUCUUAAUGUACAGAGAGUUAGAGUAGGCCAUUGAUUUUACCUCUUCUCUCUUUGUUAUUACCAUGCAUUAAUUCAUUCAUUGAAUUGGAUUGGAUUUGUUAUUGGUUGGGUAAUUACUUCUAAUAAUUCCGUUUUAAUCAUCAAUCAAUCAGUCCUGUAAUGUUCGUUCUAA